AUCUCAAAAAAGGAAGGAAGGAAGAGAAAUAAAAAGGAAAAGAAAUGAAAUUAUUACAUUCUCUCCACUUGCAUCUGCCUCCCGACCUCCCUGAAGGCAGCCAAAUGAAGGUAGGGCCUUAGUCUUACUAACCUGUCUUAUCAUUUAAUUACAGCAAGGGAGACAUGACCACAUUAGCUAAUUUUACACAAACACUGGAGGAUGUCUUCAGAAAGGUUUUCAUCACUUAUAUGGACAACUGGAGGAAGAACACGACGGCCGAAGAACAGGCACUGCAGGCCAGAGUCGACGCUGAGAACUUCUACUACGUCAUCCUGUACCUCAUGGUGAUGAUUGGCAUGUUCUCCUUCAUCGUGGUGGCCAUCCUGGUGAGCACGGUGAAGUCGAAGCGGCGGGAGCAUUCCCAGGACCCCUACCACCAGUACAUCGUGGAGGACUGGCAAGAGAAGUACAAAAGUCAGAUCGUGCAUCUGGAAGAGCCCAAGGCCACCGUUCAUGAGAACACGGGGGCAACAGGGUUCUCAGGGUCGCCCUGA